UUCUCAGCACAAGUAGUAGUAUAUUUAUCCAGAAAUCAGGCAAUAUCAUCAGAUAAUCAGUCGAAGUGAGUUGUGACAAUGUCAGUACUAAGUGAGGAACAGAAAAAAAUUAUUGACUCCGUGGCCAGAAAAAAUGGUUUCACGGAUGAUUUUGAAGUGGCUGCGUUUGCCGGUACAGCGAAAGGGGAUAAUUAUUUAGGGGAUAUAUUGAGAGUGUCUAUUAAAAAUGAUGCUCGAAAAUUGGAAGUCAUUCUUAAAUCAACAUUAACCAGUGAGGCUAUCAGAAAGGAGGUUUCUAUGGACAAUGUGUUCGGCAGAGAAAUAUAUAUUUACGAGAAGGUAUUCGGAGAGUUCAAGAAAUUUCAGGAUAAUUUCGUCAUUUCGAAUCCAUUUUCUGGACAUCCCAAAUUGUAUGAGGCUUCUCACAAGGCUGGACACGAAUGUUUGGUCAUGGAAAACAUGGUGGAAAGUGGAUUUAAGCUUUGGAAUAGACAGAUUCCGAUGACUCCAGAACAUAUAAAAGCAGUUAUCGUGGAAUACGCUAAAUUUCACACGGUUUCGUUAGCAAUGAACCACAAAAAUCCGGAUCUCUUCAAAGAUCUCACUAAUGGGUUGAAAGAACAUGUUUUUGAAGCAGAUAUGAGCGAUCCGGUGAAACUGCAGUUAUACAUAGAUGCAAUUCUUGGUAACGGGUAUAAAGCUCUUGAAAGCGAACCAGAAUUGUUGGACGCAUUGAAAAGAUUAGGAAAGUCGUUACCGGAAUAUUUCGAAGUAUCGAAGGAUCCGAAGUGGGAUUUAGUGAUCAACCACGGAGAUUGCUGGUGCAAUAAUCUGAUGUUCAAGUAUGAGACACCAGAAAACGUCUCAAAAAUCUCUAAGGUUUGCAUCUUGGACUGGCAACUAUCAAAAUUUGGAUCACCUGCCGCUGACCUGACCUACUUCUUCUUCGCCCACAGUCCAAAAGAAGUUCUUUACGAUUAUCAAAAGUACUUGAAAUUAUAUCAUGACACCGUCUGCCAGAAUUUGAGAGAAUUUGCCUGUGAUCCUGAAGAAAUUUUCCCUUACAGUCUCCUAGAGAAGCACUGGACACAUUUCAUCAAACUCGGAGUGUUUAUGUCUUUGAUGAUAUUGAAAUUUAUGUACUUUGAUUCAGAUGAAGCAUCCGAGUUUACGGCGGCAACGGAAGCUGAAAAUGAUACAAUGUCAUCGUUUUCAUACGAGUCAAGAAACACUGGUAAAUUCAAUGAAAGAGUCAUAACUUUGAUAAGGGUUUUGGUUGACACUGGUUUUUUGUCAUAAUAUUUUGUUAGAUUAUGAAUAGUUUCAUAAAUAUAUGUAUAAAUAGAUA